UUCCUUUUUAAUUUUCUUUACAGCAACACUAUAUACCAUUCCAAGUAAUAUGUCAAUACCAAACAACUAUUCCAACGCAUCGCUUUCGCACGACUGUCAGGGCUGGCUUCUGAUCAGCAAACUACGGAAACAUCUGGUGUGGAGAGCAUCGCACAGUCGCUACUUUUGCACAUUGGACGGUCCACAACUGCGCCUUUACAGUGGCGAGAAUGACAUUCGACCCAAAGCCAUCCUCGAACUUCAGCACUACAACGUCAUCGCUAGCGCACCAUCACAGCGAGGCAUUGUGUUCAACCGGACCCCGUCUCACAAGACCUUUCAACUUGUAUCACGCGAUGAGGAGCAUCGGCCGGAUCUGAUCCUCGUCGCAGAGUCAAAAGAGACCCUUGAAGACUGGGUAGACCAUAUGACAACCAACAGCCGCGCCGCUGCCAAGAACAACGACGUCCUCGAGAAAUGGCUUGAACGCUUCGAUGUCAACAACAAGCAGUCAUCCUCUAGCGAAUCGUUGCCGCCCUCUCCUUCCUUCUCGUUCACCUCAUCCUCAUCCUCGCUUCACAAAUCGCCCUUGUCACCACUAUCGCCUGUGCAAGCAGAUUGGCCGGCUAGUACUUUGCUUGCUAGUGCUGGCAACAACCACACCAUUCUUCCACCUCCACCACCAGAAAAGUCGAUUUCUACCUUGAUCCAAUCCAUUGUCGCUCGACGGAAGUCUUCGCCUGCCCUAUCGAGUCAUCGCCGAAGGUCGUCCAUCUCACCUUCCAGUCCUACCACCGCACCGACAAUGACCUUACAGCCGAUCAUGGAUGUGGCCCACAGCGACUAGAGCUAGAAAAAAAAAAAAAAAAAAAGAGAGAAAAUGGUUGAUCCAUUGCCUUUUCUUUAGAACUGUAUACCUGCUCCUCCACUUGUUAUAACAUACUAUAGACUUCCUUCUUAUAUAAUAGCUUACUCCCACCAGCAAUCCUGCCAUACUAUGUACAAAGUUUUAUAUUCCCUACACAUCCUUAUACGCUCCACAUUCUCUGUUCUUUCCAACCAUUCAAUCACCACGCGGUAUUUUAUGCUCCAAUUACCCCCACACCCGAAAAAAAACAUAAUUACAUUGCAGGACGGAAGAACAAGAGAAAACAGACUAGAAGGGCCUGCCCUUGCUCGCUGUUCCUCGGUUCUUUCCUUCUCCCAUGAUACCCAUUUUUCCCAAACCAAAACGAAAACGGAUG